AUGAUGGAGGAGAUCUCCGAGGAGCCUCCCACUUCUGCUGUCAUCUUGGACAGCUGCCACUUCUCCCAGGUCAUCUUUAACAACGUGAAGAAGUUUUAUGUUCCUGGAGGAGAUAUAACCUGUUAUUACACCCUCUCAGAGAACGUCGUUCCUCGGGGGAAGGACUGGGUGGGCAUCUUCCGGGUGGGAUGGAAAACGACCCAGGAGUAUUACACAUUCAUGUGGGCUCCUCUGCCCAGUGUCGCCCACAGGGACACCGCUGUGAAGCAGCAGAUCCAGUUCAAAGCUUGCUACCUACCACAAGAUGAUGAAUACUAUCAGUUCUGCUACGUCGACCAGGACGGCCUGGUCCGGGGAGCCAGUGUGCCUUUCCAGGUCAGAGCAGAGACUGAGGAGGACAUCCUGGUGGUUGCCACACAGGGAGAAGUGGAAAAGGUUGAACUCCAAAACCAAAACCUGCAUAAGCAAAAUGAGAAGCUGAAAGCAAACUGUGCAAGUCUCCAGAAAGAGAACAGCCACCUGCAGGAAGAGCUCAGGAAGACACAGCAACAAAACCAGAACUUACUGAAAGAACUGGAGGAGCAGAAGCAUUUGUUUCAGAUCCUGCAGGAAAAAAAGAAGGAAGCUGAUGAGGAAAAUCGGCAACUAAGGGAAAAGAAUGGCAGACUCCUGAGGUGUCUCUCGCAGGAGAAGGAAGCUUCUUCCAUCUCUGUUGUUUCCCAAGCUCCUAAAGAAGGAGUCCUUCUGUUUGGAAAUCCAUAUCGUGCUGCAGGAGCAAACCUGGAGGCAGGAGCUGCAGACAUAGCUUCUAUAAAGAAAUGCUUCAUGUCCGAUGAAGUACUUCCUGAAGAUACUAUAACAAGUCAGUACAAGGCCCACGUGCAGAACCAUCUUCUGGAGUGCCCAUUCUGCAGUGAGACCUUUGAGAAGUCCAGUGACCAGGUGUUGUUUGCCCAUAUGCUUUGUCAUGUCCUGGAAUAA